GGCCGUGGCGGCAAAGCAUGGACCGAAACCCAUCCCCGCCGCCGCCCAGUCGCGAGGAGGACGAGGCCUCCGGGGACUGCAUAGGGGGCACAGUGUACAGCAAGCACUGGCUCUUCGGCGUGCUCAGCGGACUCAUCCAGCUUGUUAGCCCCAAAGACACCAAAACUAGCUCAGAUGAUGAGGACCAGCAGAAGGAGCUGGAUGAAGAAAUGGAGAAUGAAAUUUGCCGAGUAUGGGAUAUGUCGAUGGAUGAGGAUGUCGCUCUAUUUCUCCAAGAAUUUAAUGCCCCUGACAUAUUUAUGGGCGUAUUGGCCAAAUCCAGGUGUCCUCGAUUAAGGGAAAUCUGUGUGGGAAUUUUAGGUAAUAUGGCCUGUUUCCCGGAGAUAUGUGUGUCCAUCAGCAAUAAUAAAAAUCUAGGCCAGGUAUUACUGCACUGUUUGUACGACUCGGAUCCCCCGACCCUGCUCGAAACAAGCAGGUUGUUGCUUACUUGCCUUUCCCAGACGGAAGUGGCCAACAUCUGGGUUGAAAGAAUCCGGGAGCAUCCAGCUAUUUUUGAUAGUAUUUGCUUCAUCUUGUCAAGUUCAACAAAUGUUGACUUGCUGGGGAAAGUGGGGGAAGUUGUGGACAAGCUCUUUGAUUUGGAUGAGAAGCUGAUGUUGGAAUGGAUUAGAAAGGGGGCUGUGCAGCCUCCAGACCCGCCCCGGGAAGAUUCUGAAGAGCAGCCAGUGUUUAAAAUUGUGCCCUGUGUGCUUGAAGCUGCCAAGCAAGUACGUUCGGAGCAUCCCGAAGGACUCGAUGUUUACAUGCGCAUCUUACAGCUGCUUACCACGGUGGACGAAGGGAUCCAAGCAAUUGUACAGUGCCCCGACACCGGGAAAGACACUUGGAGUUUACUUUUUGACCUGGUCUGCCAUGAAUUCUGCCAGACUGAUGAUCCCCCCAUCGUCCUGCAGGAGCAGAAAACCGUGCUGGCCUCGAUUUUCUCAGUGUUGUCUGCCGUCUACGCCUCCCAGGCGGAGCAGGAGUAUCUCAAGAGAGAAAAAGUAGAUCUCCCGCUAAUUGACAGCUUGAUUCGUGUUUUACAAAAUAUGGAACAUUGUCAGAAGAAGCCAGAGAACUCAACAGAGUCUGACACAGAAGAAACCAAAAAUUCUGAUUCAAGCCAAGAUGAUUUCCACCUGAAAAUCUUAAAGGAUAUCUCGUGUGAAUUUCUGUCUAAUAUUUUACAGGUAUUAACAAAGGAGAUGGCGGCGCAGGGGCUGAAAGAAGGCCAGCUAAGCAAAGAGAAGUGUUCCUGUGCCUUCCGACACCUCCUUCCUCUCUACAGCCCAGUGGUGGAAGACUUUCUCGGAACCCUCCGGGAAGUGGAUAAGACCUUGGCUGGCCACCUGGAGGAAAGCUUUCCUAGCUUGAAGGUUCAAACCUGAGGGCUAAAAACUGAAGUGGAGUUUCUUCUUCCCAAGAAAUAAGCUUUAUGUUCCUCGCUGUUGAAAUGGACCCAGAGGAAAUACGGAAAAGACUUAUAUCAGACCAGGAGUGUCUUGGUAGCUCGUGCCCUUGAUCCUCUCCCAGCCUUACCUGACUUUGUUUAGCAUUUGGGUCUGGAGUGGUCACCACACUCAAACAUCCCCCUUUAGUUUUCGUCAUCAUGUGGUUUUUUUUGACAUCUGCAGGUAAAAAAAAAAAAAUACAAGUUUUGAGGUUCUUUUUAGAAUAUUUAAGUGGUUAGGUUAUGAGAAUUUUCUUGAUAAUUCUUAAUUUGAUUCUGAUGUGAGAAUUUUAUAUUUGUAUCUACUGCAAGCACAUUCAUUGGUAUGUGAAUGUGCUUGCAGUAGAUACAAGCACAUUCUAUCUUAAACUCUUAAGGCAAUAGGGUUUUUUUGUUUUGUUUUGUUGGGUUUUUGGGCCGCACCUUGCGGUGCUCAGGGGUUACCCCUGGCUCUGCAUUCAGGAAUUACUCUUGGUGGGCUCGGGGGACCAUCCGGCUCAGGGUGCUGGGAAUCGAGCCUGGGUUGGCCACGUGCAAGGCAAGCACCCUACCCGCUGUACUAUUGCUCUGGCCCCUAGCACAGUAGCUUUCAUGUAUCUUAUGCAAUGAGAAGUCUAGAAGUGUUUGACCCAGAUCCACUAAGGUGGCUCAGGGACCCUGACUUCUUUUACCUCUACCAUUAGAACCUUUUUUUCUGUUUUUUAUUGUUUCUACACCAAAUUGGUUUUGUUGUUGUUUCGGGGUCACAUCUGGCAAUGCGUAAGGCUUAGUCCUGGCUCUUUACUGAGGAAUUACUCCUGGUAGUGGUUGGGGGACCAAAUGGGAUGCCAGGAUUUGAACUCCAGUCAGCAAGCACCCUACCUGCUGUACUAUCUCUCUGGCCCCUCUAUGCCAAAUUGUUAGUAACUUAAAAACAGUUAUUAAUAGUAUAGAUUCAUUACAGUUCAGUUUAUUUUUUAAUGCAUUGUGCAUGAAGCUAUUAUCUAGCAUUUUGACAAAAGUGAAUCAAACAAGAUUUUCUGUUUCUGAAUAAAUUUUAAGUUUUUUUUCACCUCUUAUUGUUCAUAAACUGUGCAGGGCAUGAUUUCCUUCAAUUCUGUCAUUUGUAUAGUGCUUCCAAAAGAAAUAUAUUCCUUUUUUUUAAAUUAUUAUGUUUAAGAAAUAUAUUCUUAACUAGGUAUACUUUUGGAAGUACCCAGUUUGCAUUAUUUCAUAUACUAAUAGAUUUAAGUUUUUAACAGAUUUUAGGAAUAUCUAUUUUAAUAUUUUAACAGAAUUUAGGAAUUCUUAAUAGAUCUUAGGGAUAUUCAGUUAUGAACAGCAACAGCAGAUUUUAAAAUCUCUUUUACAGAAAAAUAAAUGACCUUUUUAUGGCAAAAUUUCUUCCCAAUUUACUGUAGAAUAUUUUUCCCUUUAAAGCAUUGGUCUUCCAUACUUUGUAUUCUUUCCUUGGAUGACUUUUGCUGAUAAAAUACUGGGUUACUAUUUCUGGUAAAUAACAAAUUUCCUGUUUGGAGGUAGUUUGUUGUAUCAAGUGUUCUUGCCGAAAAGAAUGGAACUAUAAAAUUAAAAUCUUACUGAUUAAACUUUUA